UUCCGAGAUUAUGGCGAGGUCCGGUUUGCAGCAGGAAACUAGGAGAACAGCUGCCUUGACGGUGUUAAAGCGGGCGUUAGAUCUGGAGUCCGAGUCCCGGAACCCGCAGGCUCUGGUGUGUUACCAGGAGGGGAUCGAUAUGCUCCUGCAGGUUCUGAAAGGUGAGCACUGAGCCGGGGAGCAGAGACUGGAGGAAAUGGAGUUCCCGUCCGUCUUGCCUGAGUGGGAGUGAAAGAGUUAAAACGAUUCCUUUCGCCGCGAGACAGCAGUGAAAUACCGAAGAUGGGGUAUUCUACAGGACAGGCACCACAGAUGAAACAAAGAAGCAUAAUCUCAGAAAAAUAAUUUCUGACUACAUGGAUAGAGCAGAACACUUAAAGAAACGCUUGGAACAAGAAAAAGAAGCCGGAAAAUAUCACAAGCAAAUUAAAAUAGAAGAGAAUGCAACAGGUUUCAGCUAUGAGUCCCUUUUUCAAGAAUACCUGAGUGAAACAGUUACAGAAGUUUGGAUAGAAGAUCCUUAUAUUAGACACACACAUCAGCUGUAUAACUUCCUUCGAUUUUGUGAGAUGCUGGUUAAGAGACCAUGUAAAGUAAAGACUAUUCAUCUUCUCACCUCUCUGGAUGAAGGCACUGGGAAACGGCAGCAGAGUAGUGGCCUGGAAGAAAUAAAACAGUCGCUCAGGAAUCACGGCGUGUGUUUGGAAUUAGAAUAUUCUUCUUCAAUACAUGACCGAGAAAUUAGGUUCAACAAUGGAUGGAUAAUUAAGAUUGGAAGGGGACUUGAUUAUUUUAAGAAACCACAGAGUCGUUUUUCCCUUGGAUAUUGUGAUUUUGAUUUAAGACCAUGUCAUGAAACAACAGUGGACAUUUUUCAUAAUAAGCACACGAAAAAAAUAUGAUAGAUAGUAGCCUAAUUUACAUACAUAUUUCUACUUUAAAUGAAUGUUGGUUUUUUUUUUAAACUUUGGACAGAUCAUUCCUAUAAUGUAUGAAUUUAACAAUAAAUUUUUAUAUUUCUACUAA